AUGGCUUUUUGUGCCUGUCCGGCCAAAACGGUACCACACUCAUGGAACCAGGCCUAUACUGAUAGAUCAACAGAAAGGGCAGUCAAAAACGCUGGAGGCGGGGUGUACAUAACAUACCGAGCAGGAACCUCUUUCGCCUCGGCAACCCCAAUAGGUGAACAAAGCUCCAUCUACAGAGCUGAGGUCCAGGCUCUUCAGUCAGCAGCACAUCAUCUGAUUGAGCAGGGUGUACAAGAAAAAAACAUUGUCUUCCUCGCAAACUCACUGUCAGUCCUACAGUCCCUCUCAGCAGGACCAUCAGAGGCCACAACAAGACAGCUGCUGGCACAUAUUUGCCACCUGUCAGACCAUAACACUGUUGUGCUUCAAUGGAUCCCUGCCCAUGUAGGCAUAGCCGAAAACGAAGCUGCAGACAGGCUUGCCAAGGAGGACUCACAGAAGGAGCAGCCCCAACACCCGAAUAUAAUACCAUGA